CAGUACUGUAUAGGGAACACAUACCGUUGGAUUGCCUGACUGCUACUGCCUAAAGUGAUAUGAUUACUUUAAGGAAUUAAAAAAAUAACUAAGUAAUAUACACAACAUAUUUUAUUAUUUCAUGUUUACCCAAUGUCUACCCAAUGUGUACCUGAUAGAGAAUGGAAUAUUUUCAAUGUUUUGGCAAUGAAUGUUCACUAUUUUGGGUUUAGAAAUUUCAAUUAAAAAGCUCUAAAAUCAUUGUAACCUCAUUAUUAUAUAAAAUACUCAAACCGAAAUCCGAAACGGAUAUUUUUUUUAAAUAGUCAAAUACAAACCGACGUAAAAAACACUAAUCCCUCAGCAAUAUUAAAAUCGACCUAGAAGUUCUAAAACCAUGAAAAAAAUGCAAAUAUCCAAUGUAAAGGCUAAAGGGUAGGCUACCAUUAUUUCAGAUCGUGAAAUUCGCGUUCAAUACUUUUUUUACUGACCAGAUUAUUAGAAGAACAAACAAUUACGCGCUACAGAAAAAUCAGCGUGGGCCAGAUUGCCGCUCUCCCCACGAUUUAUUUUUUAUGCAAUGAGGAUUCACCCUCUCUAGAGAAUUAUUUUGUAAUUUAUCUGCAGAAACACCUUUUUAGUAGCAGUAUGCAAAUCAGGGAGCCAAAUGAACGGCUCUUUCACCGAUGCGAUUCGGUUCAUCAAAAAGAUCCGUUCAAAGAGAGCCGUUCGCGAACGACCCAUCACUACUACAAACUGCUAGCCUCUCAGCGACAUGUUUGUUGUUGUUCGAGAAACAGGAUUAGCUACAGUAUGUCCUAGGCGAGUAGCUAAUUGUUUAGGUUUGACUAGUCCAACAAUCCCCAUAGUUAUAUUUUACUAAUAUGUUAGUUCAUGUUACCAUUAGCAGACACGUAAUGCACGAGGAGGACUUAAAAUCAGCUCGCAAGGGGCCACACUGAAAACCAAGUAGCGGGCAGACCCACAGUAUCUGGCACCACCAUCACAGUAAUAGGCUAGCUGAUUACAAGUGUGUGACUGAUUGUCAAGUUGAAGACCAUCACUUAGAAGGACUGCAUCAGCGGGUAACUACAACAAAGAUGGGGAACAAUGCAAUCAAAGCCCAUCUGGAAAACUCACAGAAGACUGGGAUCUUUCAGCUGACAGGGAAAGGUCUUCCCGAGUUCCCUGAGGAGCUCCAGAGGUUGACUGGAAACCUACGGACUGUAGAUCUGUCCUCCAACAAGAUUGAAGUGCUACCUGCUGCCAUAGGAAACUUCCUUCAGAUGAAGAGUCUGACUUUAAACUGUAAUAAACUCACAAGUCUCCCAGAUGAAAUUGGAAAGCUGAAGAAACUAGAGACUCUCUUGCUGAACGGGAACCACCUGACGCAGCUCCCUAGCACUGUAGGACAGUUGAAAGCGUUGCGCACCCUCAGCCUGUCAGGGAACAAAUUCCGGGAGUUUCCUGCCGGCCUUGGCUCCCUACGACACCUGGACGUCCUGGACCUGUCUAAGAACCACAUCCAGGCUGUGCCUGCUGAGGUGGCGUCCUUGCAGGCCAUUGAGAUCAAUCUCAACCAGAACCAGAUUUCAGUGGUGUCUGCGGAGGUGUCCACCUGCCAGAGGCUGAAGGUGCUGAGACUGGAGGAGAACUGUCUGGAGCUUGCCUCCAUCCCCGUGUCCAUCCUCACCAACUCCCAGGUGUCCCUGCUCUCUGUGGAGGGCAACCUGUUUGAGGUGAAGAAUAUGCGGGACCUGCAAGGGUAUGAGAAGUACAUGGAGCGCUUCACUGCAACCAAGAAGAAAUUUGCCUGAUCAAUAGAAAGAGAGCAUCCCGAUGAGUCCAGCUUGUGAACUACCCUCAAGCACCCUCUCUGAAUGGUUGUGGCUUACCACAGUAAAUAUGGCUUCUGCACUGCUGCGGCAA